CGUUGGUAGAGAUCCGAUUGUCCGGAGCAUCUAAGAUGGCCGGAAUCAGCCGGAAUACGUACCUGUUGUGGGGAGGCAUCCUCAUUACACUGGCAUUCUAUCUUCAUACCCCAUUCCCGAACGAAGCUGCGGAACCAUGGAAACAAAGAAUUACGUCAGCUUCUGUUAGAAUUAUCAACGACUUGAGUUUUCUGGGCCAGCUCCUUGGAAUAGCGUCAUCUGUUAACAUAACGCGUGUUCUGAGUGAAAGUAUAAAACACCUCAACACUGCCUCACUGCAGUCAGACAUCCGGCAAAAAGUACAGGUAACAGAUGAGACGUUUGACGGAGUACCUGUGCGGGUAUAUAAGCCGACAAGCACCAAGACAUUACUUCCCGGUGUCGUACAUAUCCACGGCGGGGGGUGGGCUCUACUUAGUGUCGAUGCCUACCAUGCCUUUACCAUAGAGCUGGCUCUCAAGACCGAGGCGAUCGUGGUUUCAGUAGAGUACAGACUGUCCCCUGAACACCGUUUCCCUGUUCCACUUGACGACUGCGUUACUGCCACGAAAUACAUUAUACAGAACGCGAAGAGGCUUGGCGUGGACAGCUCGAGAGUGGCUGUGAUGGGUAGGUAGUUAACAGUGGUUAUAUAAUUUACACGGUAUAUGGUAUUGUUUUUUUAAUUAACAGUUAUUUCAUAUAUGUUGUUUUGCUUGAUCUUGUGAUAAUCAAUCCAUAGUAUGUAUAUUAUUGAUACAGGAGGUUAAUAAA